GACGUACGUCUACCCCUUAUUGAAGCUACCAUCGCGGCUGAGCUGCCGCACAAGUUUGCCGUUAUGUUUGACGGCUGGAAGCAUCGCACGACGCACUAUGUUGCCGUCUUCGCGGUGUACGUCAAGGACAACGAGAGCAAAGGGGUGCUUUUGGGAAUUUCGCCUCCACUGGAUUGUUGUGAUUACACUUCGCUGUCUACUCGACGGGGCCCCUGCUACGAGUCUCAUGGCCUGCGCGUGGGUGGCGCGUGCCUCUAG